AUCGAAGGCCAACAGUUGAAGUGUUGGAAGCAAGUGCAGGAGGACGUUCAUCUUGUUUUGUUUGAACCUUCGUUUGCUGGGAUACUUUCAAGCCCUACUUCACAGUCAUGUGGUCAUCACAGCUGCUGUUCUUCACAAUGCUUUUAACACCGUUAGCCCAUGCUUUCAGCCGUGCCCCGGUCCCCAUGGCUGUGGUCCGAAGGGAGCUGUCCUGUGAGAGUUACCCCAUAGAGCUUCGCUGCCCGGGAACAGAUGUUAUCAUGAUUGAAAGUGCCAACUAUGGAAGGACUGAUGAUAAAAUCUGUGACUCUGAUCCUGCUCAGAUGGAGAAUAUCCGCUGUUAUCUGCCAGAUGCCUAUAAGAUUAUGACACAAAGAUGCAGUAAUCGGACCCAAUGUGCAGUUGUCGCUGGCCCUGAUGUGUUUCCAGAUCCUUGCCCUGGAACAUACAAGUACCUAGAAGUGCAGUACGAAUGUGUCCCUUACAUUUUUCUUUGCCCUGGACUACUGAAAGGAGUAUACCAGAGUGAACACUUAUUUGAGUCUGACCACCAAUCUGGUGCCUGGUGCAAGGACCCUCUGCAGGCAUCCGACAAGAUAUACUACAUGCCCUGGACGCCGUACCGGACAGAUACACUGACGGAGUACUCUUCCAAGGAUGACUUCAUUGCCGGGAGGCCAACCACGACCUACAAACUCCCACACCGAGUGGACGGCACGGGGUUCGUGGUGUACGAUGGGGCUUUGUUCUUCAACAAGGAACGAACCAGGAACAUAGUCAAGUUUGACUUGCGAACAAGGAUAAAAAGUGGGGAGGCUAUCAUAGCUAAUGCAAAUUACCAUGACACCUCCCCCUACCGCUGGGGAGGCAAGUCUGACAUAGAUCUGGCUGUGGAUGAAAAUGGGUUGUGGGUAAUCUAUGCAACAGAACAAAAUAAUGGCAAAAUAGUCAUUAGCCAGUUAAACCCUUACACAUUAAGGAUUGAAGGGACAUGGGAUACUGCCUAUGACAAGAGGUCAGCUUCUAACGCCUUCAUGAUCUGUGGGAUUUUAUAUGUGGUGAAGUCUGUGUAUGAAGAUGACGAUAAUGAAGCCACAGGGAAUAAAAUAGACUACAUAUAUAACACUGACCAAAGCAAGGAUAGCAUGGUGGAUGUGCCCUUUCCAAACUCCUACCAGUACAUUGCUGCUGUGGAUUACAAUCCCCGCGACAACCUCCUUUACGUAUGGAACAACUAUCAUGUUGUGAAAUAUUCCUUGGAUUUUGGCCCACUGGACAGCAGAGCAGGGCAGGCUCACCAUGGACAAGUUUCCUACAUUGCCCCACCGAUACACCUCGAUUCAGAUCUGGAGAGACCACCGUCCAAGGGAGUGUCGACAUCAGGGGCUCUGGGCCCAGGGAGCACCACAGCCAGCACUACACCACGUGUGGCCACCAUCAGCACUGGCCGCCCCACCACCACCUCAACCUCAGGCAGGAGGAACAGGAGCACCAGCACACCAUCACCCAUGGCUGGUGUCCCUGAUGAAAUGACGACACACCUCCCCCCUGCCUCCUCCCAGUUGCCGCCGGCCGGUGCGGAGAGCUGUGACCCCAUGGAAGCUCGCGACAUUGUAUGGUCCCGCACUCGGCAGGGCCAGGUGGCAAAGCAGCCGUGUCCCAUGGGCUCGAUAGGUGUUGCAACUUUCCGGUGUCUUGCACCAGAUGGGAUCUGGGAGCCCCAAGGACCUGAUCUCAGCAACUGCUCUUCUCCCUGGAUCAACCACAUCACUCAAAAGAUGAAGUCAGGGGAGAUGGCUGCCAACAUCGCGCGGGAGCUUGCAGAGCACACGAAAAACCACUUGUAUGCCGGUGACAUUGCGUACUCUGUGUCCGCCAUGGUGCAGCUAGUGAACUUGCUGGAUGUACAGCUCCGAAACCUGACUCCAGGCGGGAAGGAUAGCGCUGCACGCAGCUUGAAUAAGGCCAUGGUGGAGACAGUGAACAACCUCCUGCAGCCACAGGCUCUGAAUGCAUGGAGGGACCUGAAUGCAAGUGAACAACAACGUGCAGCCACCAAGUUACUCGAUACUGUGGAGGACAGUGCCUUUGUGCUGGCUGACAACCUGCUGAAGACAGACAUCGUCCGGGAAAACACCGACAAUAUCCAGCUGGAAGUUGCAAGACUGAGCACAGAUGGGAACCUGGAGGAUCUGAAGUUUCCCCAGAACAUGGGACAUGGGAGUGCCAUUCAGCUGUCAGCAAAUACCUUGAAGCAAAAUGGUCGAAACGGUGAAAUCAGAGUGGCUUUUGUGCUAUACAACAACCUGGGCACCUACCUCUCCACAGAGAAUGCCAGCAUGAAAUUGGGAACAGAAGCAAUGUCGACUAAUCAUUCCGUCAUUGUCAACUCCCCUGUCAUCAUGGCAGCAAUAAACAAAGAGUUCAGCAAUAAGGUUUACCUAGCUGAUCCUGUCGUAUUUACUGUCAAGCAUAUCAAGCAGUCAGAAGAAAAUUUCAACCCGAACUGUUCAUUCUGGAGCUAUACAAAACGUACCAUGACAGGGUAUUGGUCCACCCAGGGAUGUCGCCUCCUGACAACUAACAAGACACACACCACAUGCUCCUGCAAUCACCUAACCAACUUUGCAGUCCUGAUGGCACAUGUUGAGGUUAAGCACAGCGAUGCAGUCCAUGACCUGCUCCUGGACUUUAUCACGUGGGUUGGCAUCUUGCUCUCACUGGUCUGCCUCCUAAUCUGUAUCUUCACCUUCUGCUUCUUCCGUGGACUGCAAAGUGACCGCAAUACAAUUCACAAGAACUUGUGCAUCAGCCUCUUCAUAGCAGAACUCCUCUUCCUCAUCGGCAUCAACCGAACUGACCAGCCGAUCGCCUGUGCCGUCUUUGCUGCCCUGCUGCACUUCUUCUUCCUGGCAGCUUUCACCUGGAUGUUCCUGGAGGGGGUGCAGCUCUACAUCAUGCUGGUGGAGGUUUUCGAGAGUGAACACUCCCGGAGGAAGUAUUUCUAUUUGGUCGGUUAUGGCAUGCCUGCGCUGAUCGUGGCUGUUUCAGCAGCAGUGGACUACCGGAGCUAUGGCACCGACAAAGUAUGUUGGCUCCGACUUGACACCUACUUCAUUUGGAGCUUUAUAGGACCAGCGACCUUGAUAAUUAUGCUUAAUGUCAUCUUCCUUGGGAUUGCUCUCUAUAAAAUGUUUCAUCAUACUGCCAUAUUGAAACCUGAAUCUGGAUGUCUUGACAAUAUCAAGUCCUGGGUUAUAGGUGCAAUAGCCCUGCUCUGCCUAUUAGGACUGACUUGGGCAUUUGGACUCAUGUAUAUUAAUGAAAGCACAGUCAUCAUGGCUUAUCUCUUCACCAUAUUCAAUUCUCUGCAGGGAAUGUUUAUAUUCAUUUUCCAUUGUGUCCUCCAGAAAAAGGUACGUAAAGAGUAUGGAAAAUGCCUGCGCACACACUGCUGUAGUGGGAAAAGUACAGAGAGCUCAAUUGGCUCAGGAAAAACCUCGGGGUCACGGACACCUGGAAGAUAUUCCACAGGCUCACAGAGCCGGAUUCGUAGGAUGUGGAAUGACACAGUUCGAAAGCAGUCCGAGUCUUCCUUUAUUACUGGAGAUAUAAACAGUUCAGCGUCACUCAACAGAGAGGGGCUUCUGAACAAUGCCAGGGAUACAAGUGUCACGGAUACUCUACCACUGAAUGGUAAUCACGGCAACAGCUACAGCAUCGCCAGCGGCGAGUACCUCAGCAACUGUGUGCAAAUCCUUGACCGUGGGUACAACCACACUGAGAAUGCCCUCGAGAAAAAGAUCCUGAAGGAACUCACCUCCAACUACAUCCCUUCCUACCUGAACAACCAUGAGCGCUCCAGUGAGCAGAGCCGCAACCUGAUGAACAAACUCGUCAACAGCGUGGCUGGCAGGAGCGAAGACGAUGCUAUCGUGCUAGAUGAUGCCACCUCCUUCACCCACGAGGAGAGCCUGGGCCUGGAGCUCAUCCAUGAGGAGUCAGACGCCCCACUGCUGCCCCCCCGGGUGUACUCAGCAGACAACCACCAGCCUCACCUCUACAGCCGAAGGCGCAUCCCGCAAGACAACAGUGAAAGCUUUUUCCCAUUGCUGACCAAUGAGCACACAGACGACCUCCAGUCGCCCAACAGGGAUUCUCUCUACACCAGUAUGCCCGCGCUGGCUGGCAUGCCCAUGACGGAAAGCGUCACCACCAGCACCCAGACCGAUCCCCCACCAGCCAAAAGUGCUGGUGGCGACGCCGACGAUGUUUACUACAAAAGCAUGCCCAACCUCGGCUCCAGGAACCACGUCCAUCAGCUGCACACUUACUACCAGCUAGGUCGAGGCAGCAGCGACGGUUUUAUAGUCCCACCAAACAAAGAGGGAACCCCCCCGGACGGCAAUGCAAAAGGACCUGCUCACUUGGUCACUAGUCUAUAGAAGACUCAGCAAAAAUUAAGCAAAGAGAUGACAAAAAGCCCCUCCAUUAAUGCUCAGUUUACUGUUCUGAGUUAAUCUAAACAGUGGUAAUAUUGUGUGUACUCCUAAAUCUUCAUGCUGUUCGAAAGGAAACUCUUGGACUUUUUUUACUGGAAUUUUUAGGCCGGCCCGGAGAGGACAGUAACUGCUGCCCCCCCUUACGCCCUCCCUCCCCCUUGUUCCCUCAUCCUCCUUCCCUUCAGACAGACUUCAUUAUGUUAAUGAAAGAGAUAGAUAACGGCACACUUUGUGGCCUUCUCAAGUUAUGCCGUGUUUGUUUAAACAAUCCUUGAUGCUGUGUUGCUCUUAAUUCUGAGGACCUGAUUUAAGAGGGGAAAAGAAAAAAAAAGGCAAAGAAAAAAAAAGGGAAAAAAAUGUGCAUUUGAAGCUAGUAGUGAUGACACAUCUAGGUGGGAGCGCUGCACAAAAACAAGCUAGCAAAAUCUUUAUUACCAAUCCAGAUCACGUCUUGGGUUUUGGUUACUCACAACUUGGUUUCACUGCAGCACCUCUUGCUGCAGGAGCAAACAAAAAUAAAACAAAUUUAAUGAGUUGGAAGGGAAUCCUAGAAUUCUGUGCUAAAGGCAUAUUUUACAUUUUGCUGUAUUAACGGAUGAUACAAACUAAUGGCAGAAAAAGAGACGCGAACAAUUUCUAUGUAAUGUACAGAUACUAGCAUUGCACAUAUAGUCUGCUUUCUGUUCCUCCAGAACUUGCGUCCCUGUUAAUGUAGUGGAAAAACAAAAAAACCAAAAAAACAAAAAGAACUUUUUUUCUGUUGUGCUGGUCUUGUAAGUUUGUCUACCAGUAGGAGCAAGGUUUUUCAUAACUUCUUUUUUAAAAAAGAAAUAAUUUUGUUUUGCUUCUUCCACUGCCCCUCCCCUCCGUCCCCUUCCCUUCCCGGUAGAAAAAUCUCACUGGGCAAAAAAAAAGAAAAUGAACGUCACUUUCGAAAGACCAUUUUUAGUAACACAAUCACACCAUUUCUUUUCAAUCAAGGCAGUCUUUUUUAUUUCCUUGCUGUUUAAGUUUCUUCAGCCAGCAUAUUGCCAGCAGACUUUUUGGCAGACCAAGGCAGGGCAAACUUCCCCAUUGACAGUGCACAACCCAUCAGUGAUUAUAAUCCUGUGAAGCACCUUUGGUGGGCAGCCCCUCAGCCAGGCCAUAGGGUUGGAUCCAGGAGUUGAGAGGUUUGGGGUUUUUUUUUAUAGUCGUAGUGGGGCUUCUACAGAGGAUGGAAAUUUUCGUGGAGGAGUGAGGGGCCUUCAUGGCUCUGUCUGGUCUCCAGUUUAGAUACUUGUACUGCAAUGGUUAAGAAGAGCAUUGAUUGACAUGUAGUAAGCUAAAAAGUACUUUGAAGUGAUUUAAUUUUUUUUUUUUAAAAAAAAGGUCUGUUCAUUAUUUUUCCUAACAGGAAAUUUAUUUAUUUGACAGGAUUUUUAAGUAACAUAGGCUUUCUCGAGGUGAAUUAGCAGCAUGGAGUAUGAGAUUUUGGGUUUUUUUUCUUUUUUUCUUUUUUAAUUUAUGAUCCAUUUUGUACGGUCUCAACAGUUGAAUGACCUCAUCACUAAUAUUUGUUGUAAAAGUGAAGCUUGUUUGCCAACCAAUAAACAACUGAUCACGAUUUAGAAGAUACUGUAUGUAUGUACUGUACAAUUAAUCUCUUUUUUGUUGUUGUUCCUCUCUCCAUUACUGUCUCCACUCCUUUAUGGCAUGGGUGAGCAAUGCCAAAGAAAGGAGGCCUCAGCUGAGCAAUUUAAGCACAAAGGUUACACAGCAACAGCUGGCUGGAAAUAUCAGGCUAGCAGUACUUGUUUAGGGGUGAGGGCAAUCCUCAUUGAGGUUUGUUGCAGGUGAUUCUAGGUCUGUUUUGUGCCUACUAUAUAAAGUAGCUGACAACACGCGGGUGGUUUGAGCGUAGUAUUUCAUGUGUCGUACCUUUUAAUCAUUGUA